AUGCCUCCUCAGCUCGCAAAGAUCUUUGACCGCUCCCGUGACAAAGAAGCAUCGGGAAGAGAGGAGAUCCUCUUCACUCUGCUUCGGCUUUUGUCGACUGUUCGGCUCCGCCAGAAGGCUGCGAGGCAGAGAAACACGAGGGCGACUGAUGGAUUCACGCACAGGACUGAAGGGGAGGAUGGAGGGGAAGGCCGUGACAAGAUGGGCGACGCUGUGGCGAUUCCUGGACUGGACAGAGGGAAUCUCGAUGCCCUAGAUCGGCGGAUCAUGGAGUGCAUUGACUCCUGGACCGUCCCCGACCUCGGCUUACUGCUGAUCACUCGCCGAGAGCUCCGGGACUGCCUGUCUUUGUCGAAGACGCCUGGGGGCGACUCCGCUGAAGGCCUCGAUCAAAAUGAAGAAAACAUCACACGCACUCUUUUGCGUCGCCUGGCGUUUCAACGAGGCCAGCCGUUUUCCCAGUACGCAAGUCUCUACGCUCUACAGGCGCUGCUCCACCGCUCGAAAACUCGACACGCGCAGAGACAGGCGCCAGCGCGAAAAAACAGCGUCUCCAGGGGGGAAGGAGGAAGCAGCGAGACAGAGGAACACGAGAGGGAGGGUCGCGUCGCACCCAGUGGUGCCCACAGCCGAGAGGAGGCCGAGGAUCGUCUGCGAGAGAAAGAAAACGAGGCUUUCGAGGACGCAGACAUGGCAAUUAUGAUCAUCAAAAGGGUAGGGCGCAAUAUGGCCAGCUGUGAUCUCGAGAUCCUCACCCGCAUAGUCAAUGUCCUUUCUUCUCUCCCGCCCCCGAAAGAGGCCGCUCGAAGGAGUGGACAAGAAGCCAGCAGGCAAUCGAAGCGUUUUCCAGAACCGUGCAAGUCGCCUGCUGAGCCGCAAGGUGGCCCGACUGCUCCAUUGCCGACAGCAGAGGAGACAGAAGGCUCUGCGUGUGCCGUGGCCGCAAACAAAACACAAAAAGCGGAGCAUCGAGGCGCGGAAGGCGGCACACCUGGAGAUGCCAUCUUUGAUCAGAAACUCGACAAGUCUGCAGCCGAGGGAAGGACCCGAGACGCCUCCGCUGCGUUGUUGCCGAAUCCGUCCCGAUGCGUCGCUCCAGCGGGCCCAGAAGGCCGUGGAAACGGGCAUCUCUUCGGCGUAGCAACGCGAGGGAAUCCGGAGAAUGAAGUGAGUGGGAGUCACACAGAGACGCAAACAUCCUUUCUCACUGACCGGAAUGAUUUCUUGUAUGCCGUGGCCGUUCACAUCUUCUCCACCGCGUUCGCGGACUCGGAAAAGCGGUCUGCCUCUGACCUGGCGACAACCUUUGCUUCUGCGCUUCCCCCGUCACCCUGCCCCGCGGCGCAUGCUCCGUCGCCACGCACGCUGUCGGCGACGGCCUCCUCGAGGUCCUCUCACGACUCCACUUCUUCUGCCUCUGCCUCUGCCUCUGUCUCUCUCUCUGCGAAUCGGCGAGCCGGUGCCGCCUCCGCUCCCACUCCUCUGUGGGCUUCUCCGCCCAGCGGUCGAGUGAUUACCGGCGAUCGGUCGUGGACAUACAGCCGCAUGUGCGUUCUUCUCGCGGGACUCUCUCGAACAGGCGUGACUUUCCCUCCGCUGUUCUACGCUCUCAAACCUAUGGUCGUGGCGCUUCGCCUUCAGUUCCCCCCCCCGAUGCUGGCAGCCCUGCUCGUCGCCUACGCCCACCUGGGGGCCGCCGACGAGACCGGUCUCGUGGACCUCUUUGGAGUCCUAGGACGGGAGUUAGUGAAAGGCGUUCGAGGCAUGGACGUCGCCGUCGUGGGCGUUGCCGCCAACGCCUUCGCGAAUGCGGGAGUUCUCCACCAGGAGUGGUUUUCAGUUGUGGGCGAGACUUUCCCAGUUCUCAUGCCACUAUGCUCGCCCCGUCUUCUCGGCAUGAUUGCGAAUGCGUACGUGCGGCUUGGACUCGUGGACGACCCGCUCCUGCCUUCUCUCUUCCACUGCGCACGCCAGAUAGGCUCUGCCUACAGCGGCUUCAGUCGAGAGGCCGCCGAUGUCGUCUGUCAUGCUUUAGAACAAGAAGCGCCGCAGCACCCAGUCAAAUCUCAAGCACGCGACUUCCUGCUGUCUCUCGAAAAUGUCGCGAGCCGAACUCCCGCUGUUUCCCCUUCUUCUAAGCUUUCCUCGUCUCGUUCAGAGUCGGUAGGGAACGGGCGUGUGGCGGAUGUGUCCAGGAGUGACGAAAACGCGUUUGUGCGCCACAGGCCUGAUGCCUUAGACGGGACUUCCAGGGACUGGUCUGCCGUGGAGGUGGGGGCUCGCAAGUUCUUCAUUCGCGGCGAACUGGCUUCGACGUCUGCAUUCGUCAUUUGCUACGCUGCGGCGAAGGCGAAAGAUAUCCUCGGCUCCAGCCGAUCUCACGCUGCUCCUGGUCUCCAGCUCGAGGCAAAAACAACAGUCGCCCAUGGCGGGGAGAGUACUGUCGACGCCCCGUCAGCGCCUGGACGGGAGAAGGUGACUGGAUAUGGAGACCUCAGUGUGGAGACAGAAAUGUCGCGGAGGGUCGGCGAACGGUAUCGGGAGAAAAAGGAGAUCUGGCAACUGCUGCUUGCCACAGAACUCACGCAGGUGGUUACGCGCUUCGUCCUGGACUGCAGUUCCUUCACAGAACUCGCCAAUACGUGUAGCGCAGUCGCGCAGUUCCUACACCUAAGAGAGGAGAUGCUUUCAAGAGACGGCAGAGAACAGGAGAGCCUCCAACGCGGGCCGACAGCGCGUUGUCAGGUGGAACACCACGGCGAAGAAAACCUCUCCAUUGUGACCGAGGCCAACGGCAUUUCGACCGACGCACGCACGGAUGAGAGAUCGCGGUUUAGCGAAAGAGGCAGUGUGGACCCGUCCAUCAUUCGACAAAAAAUGGCCAACUACCUGCUCUCUGCGUGUGAGGCAUUUUUCCACGCCGUCGAGAACCACCUUGGGUCCUUCCGAACACUUAAAAGCGCCAGUCUGGGACCGCCUGAGCUCCACAAGCUCAUCUGCGCUUUCCACGCUUUCCACCGGGCUGAACGAGCGCCACGCGUGACAGCGCGAAGAAUGGUGGUCCUCGAGCGAUUGAUGUGCGACAACUCGGAUAUGUUCCAUGAAAUGACACUGCUUCCUCUACGACAAAUGGCUGCAGCGGUGAGCUACCUUGGCAUGGAUAAUGAUGACAUAAUAGAAACCCUUGUAAUGUUACAGCAGAAACGCAAAAAGAAGAAGGCCCCUGGUUUGCUGGCGGCUCCAGCACUGUUGGGCUGA